UUAUCAUCACCGGUGUUCACUGUGAUAACGGUUGACAUGGACACACAAUACUCUGUACCUAUUGGCUAUAAUUAUAAUAAUAUUUAUUAUUUAAUACGGCAUUACAGUCUGCGACGACAAUUAUUAUUGAUAUCCGAUUGUGCGACAGCUCGGGAUCGAUCAAAUAGUAUUACUCAGUUGUUCGUCAGUUACGUAUCAUUUUCCGAUUAACUAGGCAGAGUUGUGCAUUUAAAGUUGUUUUCCGCAAAAAUUUCGACGUUCGUCCGACGCUCUGAAUAACUAUUGUUACGCCGGUACUUGGAUAAUAUUCAAUUUUUUUUUAAUAACUCGGAAACGUGUUUGAAACAACCAUGAAGCCCAUUACUGAUGUCAGGGUUGUUAAAACCACGGAAUCGGCAUUCAUUAGACCGUUUUCGUUGAUAUUUAAACAAGGAGGAAAUGAAAUAAAAUGGGACCUAAUCGAUAGUCAUAAUGGAGUGUUUGUGAUCAUUUACAACAGAACCAGAAAUACAUUGGUGUGCGUUAAACAAUUUAGACCUGGUGUCUACUAUAAAAGUAUACCAGAAUGUGAUAGACCAAAAGAUGGACUUAUUGAUACCGUAAAAUAUCCACCUAGUAUUGGUUUGACUGUAGAAUUUUGUGCUGGUAUUGUAGACAAGAACAAGACACUUGAAGAAAUAGCUGUUGACGAGGUUCGAGAAGAAUGUGGUUAUGAAGUCAAAGUAUCAGAUAUGGAAAAAAUCAUCAGUUGUAGAGCUGCAUUAAGUACAGCUGGUUCUAUUAUGACAUUUUUUUACACCGAAGUUACUGAUCAAAUGAAAAUUUCUGAAGGAGGAGGUCUUGCACACGAAGGAGAAGAUAUUGAAGUCGUUGAAUACACUAUACCAGAAAUCAGAGAUAUAAUCACUCAAUCAGAAGUUUUAAAUGGGUCGUCUAGUUUUCUUUUUGGCUUAAUGUGGUUCUUGACCAACAAAAUUGUUUUGAAUAAUUAAAUUUUUAACCAAGUACAUUGUUGAUUUACUAUUUAAUAAGUUAUACAUUUAUAAAAAAAAUAUAAAAUACAAAUUAUAUUAUU